AUGAAGCUUCUCUUCCUUGUCUGCAUAGGCUUUCUGGUUGUCGCUGCCAAUGCCAUCGAACAGGAGAACAAAGAGGAUGAGAGUGACCUCGCCAUCGUUGACGGUAACGAUGAUGGAACUGCCGUAACAUUGGAGAAACUGGACGAUGAUGAUGAGGUCGAGACCACCAUUGAGGCCACCCGAGUAAAGAGAGGUGCCGGCAAAGCGGCCGCUAGAAGACGCAAGGCUAUCAACCGAUUCAAGCACCGCCGUGCUCGCGCUCUCCGUCGCCGUCACGCCAAGAACAUCCGUCGGGCUGCCGCGAAACGCGCACGACACCACCGUCGUGCCCGAAUUGUCCACCGCCGUAUCGCCAGAAAUCGCCGUCGCCAGAGACUUGCCCGAGGAUAA